AUGUCGCCCAGGAGCGCGCCCUCGCCGGUCACCCGCACCGAUUCCAUCUCCCCGUAUCCAUCAGCCAUGUCCCGCAAAGCGCCCAUGCAGCCCAAGUCCACUCGGCAACAGUACAGCGCCUGCGGCGCCUGUCGCAUGCGAAGGGUGAAAUGCGACCUCAAGGACCUGCCCACCCUCGCCUCCGGCUCGCACCCGCCAUGUUCAAACUGCAACGAGCGCGGUCUUAAUUGCGUCGACGAGUUCGCGGAAGUCAAGGCCGUUAAGCUUCUACGGCGCGGCCGCCGGCUCCAGAAAGUCGAACAGGUUUACGGCAAGACGUCGAACGGGGAGGCGGACCUCCACGCCCUCAAUCCCCCGCGCUGCGCUAUCCCACAACUUAAGCCCGAGUUCUUCAGGUCGGCUUUCUUUCACCGCUUCCAUAUCCAGCGUCCCAUCUUGGAGCCAAACGAGUAUUGCAGUCGCUACUCGGAAUGGUUCAACGGCAGUUCCGAUGCCCUGCUUAUACCAGGACAGUUAAUCGCGCUCGUACUCGUCGUGUGGGCCGCGAGUUACGGCAUCAAUGAAGCGGGAGAAGAGGCGCCCGAUUCUAGCGGCGAGAACAUUCAGCAACGCAAGGAGCGCGUCAACGAGAUGCUUGUAGAACUCCUCUACCUCAUUGACAUUCACGGCAUCCUGCGGAGACCUUCCUGGGACAGCGUGCGAGUCCUGCUGCUCACCAUGCCGCUCACCGAUGAGGUGCAGAACCCCAUGGAACGCCUGGCGAUGUAUGACUCUGCCAUGAGUCAAGUAUAUGCGUUGAGUACGCUCACCACAUCAGCGGACAUUGGGUGUGGUGAAUACGUGGACGCCCUUGUUCGGGCGCGGGUAUUUUGGUACGCCUUCGUCGUCGAUGGAAUCACAAGUGGCUUGGGCGGUGGUAGGAUAUCUCUGACCACCGAAAACCUCACGGCUUUCGAGUCGAGUCUCCCGCACAUCGGCAACGGCGGCGGCGCUUCGGCUGGCUAUGCAUUUGCCUUUCGGUUCGCCACCGUUCCCAUCCGCAUAGCCAUGGUGUGCAGGGACAUUCAUGCCUUGCUCACUGGCCCCGGCCCUAAAUCCCGUCCACAUGAUGAUGUCGAUGAAGAUAAGCUUCUCAGAGUAUGGGCGACUCUGGACGAAUGCUGGGCCAACCUGGACGAUCUCCGGAACGGGGGGACGUACGGUAUCGUUCAGGUCGAGGACAUCGAGAGGUUUAUCGAUGGUUGGCAGAUCUUUCUCUUCGAGUCACACAAUGUCAUCCGAGAAUCCCUCAAGAACAGGCUUGUCGCUCUCCCCGCUCAAGACACGACGUACAUGUCGGAAUCAAGCAGGCGGAAAUCCGAUACGAUCAUGCGCCUCCAUGGCAAGGCUAACUUGAAGUGUCACAACGCGGUCAGGCACGUCGUGGACAUCCUCCGCAGGAACCUCGGCACUCCCUUCUUCCAAUUCGACGCAGCGCUCGUCCGAGAUGGCUGCUUCUUCGCCGGGUUUCUUCUGGCUAGUGAUGCCGGCACACGUGAAGAGGUCGAGAUUUGCCUGCGAGCGCUUUCGGAGAUGCGCUGGGCUUUCUCGAAGAACGACGAACGGCAGCACACGGUCGGUCUGGUCUGGGAGCAGAACGGUCCGCCAGGACGCGGACAGUCUUCGCGCAGUUUCUCGUCCAGCCCCGCGGAGGAGGCCAUCCGCGGUCCGGGCACAUACGAAGGCAGCUACAUCCGACGCCCUCUCAUGCGCCCGACGAGUGUCCCGCCGCUAUCUCUUUCGGCGACCACCAUGGGCGUGGGCUAUGAUCCGUCGUCCGCACCCAACACGGCUUGCACGGCCGACGGGAGGUGGCCUUCUGCCGCGUCCGGUUCAGGCUCAGAGUCCGAGCAAUACCAAGGAUCGUCGCACCGGAGCUCUCCUUCGGUUCCGCAUGCUGCCUCUUCCUAUCCCUCCGCCUCACACAAUCCGCUUUCGAUCAACAACGUCCUGCACAGCGAUGACGUGGGCGGCGGCCCGCCACCCUUGCUCCUUGCGUCCUCGCGUGUUCCCACCGGCCAUCCGACCGGGCAAAGUUCGUACUACGUGCCACCAUCCUAUAAUUACCUCCCAGUGGGGGAUACGGUAGACGCACGCCAAGCUCCCGCAGCGUCCGGCAGCAUGGAAGCCUUGCAUACCGCGGACCAGGCGCCGGCGUUCAGCCAUCCCACGACGAGCUUCGAUUACACCGGUGUGUCGUACUCGUCCACCUCUCUCGGGCAGCCGGAGGCUGGCUCCAGCUACCUGCCGGCAACAUCCACUACUCAGGGCGGGAGUCCCCAGUUCGGGAGCGGGAGUUACUACUAGUGCCCGGCGGCAGACAGACGUGGGGCUAGGAACCCCGGGCAAGGUUCGGACCGUCUUCUCGAUUCUGAGUAUUUCCGUCGUCGCAUGUCAUCUUCCCCAGCUAUGAUCUCUGCUGUCGCUUGCACCCCAUUGGACCGCUCCGGCUCUCUCGUUCGCCAUUCGCUCUCGCAUCUCUUGGACCGGCAACUUACGUGUAUACUUGUCCUCCCGCCGUGACAUUAGCGUUCAUCGAUUGUAUCAUCUGCCCCUCCUCUUCUCCCCGCAUCCAGGUUACCGAUCCCAUCCCGCACCCCGCAUAAUUAGAGCUUGAUAGAGGUUAUUAGAUCAACAUAAUCAUCGCUGCGCCGUCGUCGCAUCACGUUAACACCGUACUAUAUCGCUAUCUUGUCCGUGUACGUAGUAACUGUAUGUCUAGC